AUGUCUGGACAAUUUAAUGAUCUUCAACCCCCGCCUCAACAGCAAGGACAGCAAAACAUGAGGCAAAGGCAGAGUCCAAAUUUUAUUUUUAAUGAUAUUUUAAAAGUUAUUGAUCCUGAUGCAACUUUCCAGCCAGAAGCAAUUGGCUAUUUAGGCUUAAUCACAAGUUCAAUCACGAAUAACUAUGUGGUGAUGUGCAAAAGAUUCAAUUUUACCGAUUUUAAAGAAGAAUAUUUUGAUUCUGUAAAUACACUAGUUUCUUCAAGAUUGGAAUCUCCAGAAGAUUUCAAACCCGAACCCAGCCAUACACAAAAUGCCCCAAUGCCUCAAAAUUAUCAAUAUAAUCAAUACCAGAUGCAGCAACAGCAAAUGAAUCAGAUGCAAUAUGGAAUGCAGAUGGGACAAAACUCUAUGCAGAUGGGGCAAAACCAAAUGCAAUACGGAAUGCAAAUGGGCAUGAACCAGAUGGGAAUGCCAAAUCAAAUGGUUCCAAAUCAGUAUGGCAUGCCAAUGCAACAACCAAUGAACCAAGGCAACCAAAAACACAUCAAUCGGAUGAAUGCAAUUAAACAAUUCAAAGAAUCUCAAGAAGGUGUAUAA